CAGGUCGGGACACAGCCGUCGUCAUGGCGGGUGGUAGGAGAGGCGAGGUUGAACAGUUACUUGAUAAAUUACAUGAUUGUUUCACUCCAGAUGGCCAGAGAGACACAGAAACCUCCCGGAAUGUAGUGGUAGAUGUUGCUGAAUACCUCUCCCAAAACUUGUCUCCUGUUCAGUAUGAUUUGUCCCUGAGUCAUGUCCUGGGCGAGAAAGGGAUCAUCGUCUUUGGCCGAAAAGUGUCUAAGGAUCAAGCAUUUGUGGAAACUAAGAAGAGUACACUUAAUGUGAUCAAGAUUUUAAUUGAAAAAGAUGUCAAGAAGAUUGUUAAAUAUGUUGAUGAUAUCAGAAAGUACACCAUGUUUCUCUAUUAUGUGGACAACUCCACAACAGUACGUGCAGUGGCACUUGAGGUGUUCUGUGUACUGUUGGAGAAAUGUGGAUCCCACAUAAAUGUUGCCGAUAUUAAUGUGGACCAAUUUAUUGAACGACUCUUUCUUAGUAUUCGCAGUCCAAAGGGUUCUACAGUGAUGCAUCAUCAACUGAGAACUUUAGGCAUGCUUACCAAUACCUACCCUGAAAAUUUGCGUCACCAAGCGUCAUUCAUACUCAAGAUUUUCAAGGAGCAACUAGCAAAGCAUACGGGCACCAAACCUGACCUCAUAGCUUUGGCAGGAGUGUUGCGAGGACUCACUCUCUACCUGUAUCACUUCCCUGAGGGGCUGGAUGAUGAUCCUCAGCUGUUUGAGCACCUCUAUAAACAUAUUCACAAAGUCCUGAAUCCUGAUUUAAACUUGCCAAGAAGGGAUGCACAGAGAGCUGCUCUGGAACUGGUCUGCGCUCAUGGGGAUAAAUUCUCUGCUCAGAUGUAUGAGAAGUACGACACACUGUUCCCAUGGCUCAUUAAGUGGUGCGGCGCCAAGAACCGUGAUGAUCACAAGGCUGCAUUACCUACCAUGGACACCUUCAUCUGUGUUAUAGCAAAUAUGUUGGAGUUGCAGGCAGGAGGAGGUGACAAGAAAGGUGUACAAGUUUUUAAGUAUUUUCUGCAACAAUAUAACCUGCUGCUAGAAAAGAGUGACAGCACCUCCCAAGUGGGCCUCGCAGUGAAGGGCUACGCCUCACUCUCAGCAGCGUGCCGACUGUUCCUCUCACCUGUUGAGGUGCACACCAUGUACACUCAGGUCCUCACUGCAAGCCAUUAUUAUUUUUAUCAAUCCACUGACAUGCCAGAAAAUAAACUCAACAGUCUGCCAAACUAUGUUGAGUCGUUAGCUAUUAUUAUUAACAACAUGAGCUUGGUAAACAUGGGAAUUAUGGAGAGCGUACAGCAGCUGUCAUUGGCCCUCGUGGAGAAAUUCCCCCUGAUAUCCAUGUUCCGCAGGUUCUUGGCAUACCGUGCUCUCUUCAAGCUCUUCCAUGCUGUGUACAGUAAAGCAGAAUAUUUUCAAGACUUUCUGCACACCUUUGUGUACAAUUCCAUCGUGGUGACUUGCUCCCACGCUCCGGAGAUGGAGUCCUCCCCGGGGGAAGAAGGUGUCACCUGGAGGAGCAACAGUCCUGAAGGUGAUGGUAAAUGGAAGGGACUGAAGAAUGAAGUCACAAGUUACAAGAGCUUCUUACCUAUCUGGAAUGCCUUCAUGAAGCCUGAAAAGGUGGUUGAUAUUAAAGUUAAAGGUAUCCCAGCAACUGUGAUGACAGAGAUCAGCUCAAAGUUAUAUUCAGAGUUUAUCAGCUGUACCUUGGAGAUAACAAAGAAACUAGACUUGACCACAUUCAAGCAAGGAGAACCUGUCAAGGAUGAGGCGGAGACUGGUGAAGAAAGUGUUGCCACCUCAGAUCCAGUCUCUGGGCUAAAAGCCAAGACUCCCAAAGACUUUCAGGUGUACAUGAAUGUGAUAACUUUAAUGGAGGAAGUGUUGCCUCUACAAAGUGAGAACCAUCUAGAGCCACACGUGUCACAUCUGUGUUGGUUCUUUGUGAGAUGCUCCUCCCUACAGCCUCUCGUGUCUGCCCACUAUACUGCCAUCACAACAGUGCUCUCCUGCACUCAGCGUACUUAUUAUUUCAAGAAACAUGAGGACCCUGAAGUAGGGACAGUUAUCCACCUCAUAAAGAGCUACAUCAGGGAACUACUUCAACGUUGUCGUCAGUUCCGAGAUCAACUUCUGGCGUCCUGUCUGACCCUCAUCCUUAAACUGCCACUAUGUAUUGUCAUAGACAUUUUCCCACAGCUAGUGUCUCCCUUACAGAUGGCCUUACAACUUGGUAUUAGUUACUUACCAUUGGCUGAGGUGUGUGUAUCAGCUUUGCAAGUGUGGAUCCGUCAGUUGCCUCAUGAUACACUGCAUCAGAACUUGCCACUGGUACUGCCUCUCCUCCUGCCUUAUCUUCGUUCCCAAGAGACGGGAGGAGAAGCUGAGGUCCAGGCAAGGGUCAUUACAGUCAAAAUGGCAUUUGCCUACCAGCGACGGAAGGUGGACCAGAAAAAGAUGCUCGACGGUAAACAGAUGGACGAGACAGCCAUGAGAAAGGUUCAGUUGUCUAUCUUGCGUCUGAUUGGAAGCUUGGAUCCUAAGUUGAGUAUGUGUGUCAUACCUCAAGACCCCGACACUCUCGCUGCAGCGGCUGUCAGAUGGGACACUUUGAAACACAUCAAAUUUGCCACACCGUUUGAACAAGUCAAGAUUGAUAUUUUUCUAGAUGACAUUCUACCCCAUGUUGUGGACCUUGCAAUAAAUUCAAGUGAUAGGCAAACUAAAGUGGCUGCAUCAGAACUGCUUCAUUCUGUCAUUAUCUUAAUGAUUGGCACAGGAGCCCAACAGCACCCAGACCUGCAGGCCAAAUACCCCAUGGCACCACUAUACCACCACGUGUUUGAGGCCAUGUUACAGCUGGCUUGUGACCCUGACCAAGUGACCCGCCAGUUGUUCCUCACUCUAAGUUAUCAAACAAUUCACUGGUUCACCAACAAUGAGAACUCUGAGAAUGUUGAUACUAAUGUUCUUUUGGAAGCCAUUAUGGAAGGAAUUGUGACAGCAAACAAUCCAGCUUUGAGAGAUGUGAGCGCUCGGUGCUUAGCGGAGUUUGUCAAGUGGUCUCGUAAGCAGUGUCGAAGGAAAGACACGGUCUCCUCGAACUUAAAAUCAAUUCUCAAGAGAAUCUUUUCAUUUUGUAGACAUCCAAGUGCCUUUAAGCGUCUAGGCGGCUCUUUAGCAUGGAAUAGCAUCUACAGUGAGGUGAGAGAAGAUGAAAAAGCUGUGGACAUAUGGAUCUUGGAGCUUUUAACAUAUCUAGUGUCUGCCCUUGACCUGGCACAAGCAGAUGACCCUGCCCUUGGUACUCAUGAACAGACACAAGCUGCUAUAUACCACGUGGAACGUAUCAUUCGGGUUAAAAAAGAGGUCUUCUGGAAGAAAUCAGCCCAUCGUCGGGUUCCCUCUGACCUUGGUGACGGGACCUUAGAUGACCUGCUCCUGUGGCUUCUGAAGCAGUGUGGUAGACCAAAGUCCAUUGUUCGACAUGCUUGUAUGGAACUCCUGGUAUCUUUAUCACCACAUGCAAAAGGUUGCAAGUCUGUCUCUAACUUUGUAGAGAAGCAUAUUGGUAAAGACAACAUGGAAACAAUAGUGGACAUUUUAGAAGGAGGGGAAGAAGCCUGUCAAGGUAUCAAGUACCACUCCACUCCCACCUCUUACAGCCAGACACAAGUUACAGUGAAGGAUGUUAAUAAUUACUGUGAGGCACUUUUAGCUGCACUGGAUGGCUAUAGCUGGCUCAUUGGCCGGAAAAUAUUGCCUGCAGCCCAACUCUUAGGUGGUGACCAAGUUCAUCUCUUUACCGCAGCCACUUACUUCAUCGAACAUAUGGCAACAGUGACCAUAUCUGAUUACUUACAAAACAACCAAACAAUUACCAGAGAUGAAAUAAUAAUGAUUACACCUUAUGAAAGUGAAGGUGCAACCAAGCUUAAAUGUACUGUAGUAGUUAGACUUAUGGACUUUUUAACUGUUGUACUACAGGAUGGUCCCAGUUGUGCACACUUCUUAGAUGAGAACUCUUUGUGGUCAUCAUCACUCUUUAAACUUUUAAUUCAGUGUGUUUUGGAUCCUGCAAGCAUUGGGUUUGAUAUUAAGGACACUGAAGUUACCAAACACUUGCCAUCACGCCUUGAGGAUAUGCUGAAGGUAAUGCAUGAGAAGGUGUCACAAGAUGUAGCUCAAGCAUUUGUCCAGUACUUGGAGAAACAGCUGCAGCUCACCAAGUACAACGUAGAAAAGCUUUUGCCGUCCUCAUUUUCUACAACAGUGACCAUACCCCUUGGGAGCCAGCAUGUCAUAGAGGGAGUAGAGAUUCUGCAGAAGAGUGGAUGGCUGACUGACUGUUCCACGGUUAAAAAGACAGUGGCAUCUGAUCUUGCUAAAUGGGUCUGUGACAGCUUGUUUGUGGAGCGUGACUUUACCUUAGAAGUGGUGUCUCCUAAUCCAAGUCAUCUGCAGUUCUUGAAUGCAGUGAUGCACCUGUCUGUUACCCUGGACUCACAGGUACUUCAGCAGCUCCUCAGGGGGGUAACUGAUGGUGAAACUGUAACAGGACUCAAUGGUCAGCACACUGAGAAGGGCUCUCAUAUUUUAGACAUUCUUGGCCCAAAUCUGAUGCCACAUCUUCUGGUCACCUGUGACUUGACACUUGUUAGGUGUGUGCAACUUAUAAAGGAUGGAAGGUUCCUUCCAGCCAUGGGCUUCACAGCUGCAUUACUCAACUCUAUGAUAAGAAGUCAAGAGCUGAGAAAAAGGCAUUCAGUUAAAGUGGUUCAGGCAUUCCUCUACCAUUGGCAAACCCUUUCUGCCGAAGCGGGAAAAACGAGCAUCCACCAGGAAUCCGUGCUCGGAGUGUUGUCAUCGUUGUUUCUGGUAGACCUUAAAUCUACGAUCAAGACGCAUUGCUCAAACCCCGGAUCUGACAUAGAAGUUUACUACAAAAAUAUCCUGUCUGAUGCCAAGGUUGAGCUACAAUUAAAGAUCAAGGCAAUGAAACUGUUGCCCUUCUUCUUCACUAUGUCGCCAGCUGUUGCCAAGUGUAUGGGGGAAGCUCUUGAGCUACUGAGCCUAAACCACUUUCCUCUCCAGUCUACUGAGUUUCUUUCCGGUGGUGCACGUGAUCGCGAGUACCAUCUAGCCCUUAGUGAGAUGCUCACUGCCCUUGAAUUGUCCAUGUCCCCGGUACUACUACAGUUCCUUGUGAGGCUCUUCUGUCGUGAGGAUAAACAUCGUUACGAGGAAGAUCUGAACGAAUCCCUUGAAAAAUUUAUGAAGAGACAAUCGGAAACUCAACAACUAGAAAGCCUCAGACUUGUGUACAAAAUGUUUAGUGACCAGACAUGUACGAAACAACUGAUCAGGCACAACAUCAUGGAGAAGGUCUUGUCUCCACUUUUACAACAUUCUGGCUUGACAUCCCUUACCUUAUUCCUUGUGGAAGUUAGCUCUCAAGUAAUGGCAGGAGUGUCAUUGCCAGUUAAAGGAAGAAGUGAGGAGCAACAAAAGGUCUUGAUUACCAAGACUGGGAGCUUCAUGAUUUUACAAAUAAUGUACUGCACACUUCCUCGAGAAAAAGUUUUUGCUCCUGGUUCAGAAGUUAAUUCUGCAUACCGACCAAACGACCAGUCGGGGAAGGAACUAACUAAAGAGGUGUUUCGACAUGCAUCCAAGAUUGCCAAAGGGGAUUUGAGACACGAUAAGACUCAUGAAGAAUUAAGAAGGCUGUGUGCUUGUGCAGCUUACAAUGCUCUCAUUGCUGUACUUGCAUGUGUACAAAAUGACCUGAGGUUCUACACCAGCUUCCUGUUUUCUGCAAAUUCAGUUAAAGGAGAAGCUAUUUGGGAAUGCCUCAUUGACUGCAACAAGCCCCACGAAUUUGACAUGGAGGUGAACUUUAACCCGGGAAAUAAGAGACGUUUUGUUGCUGUGCGGAGUAAGUUGAGAGAGGAUGCUAAGAGAGAAGGUGGUGUGGCUGGAGGGACGGUGCAAUACAUCGCCUCACACUACCUCUCUGAUAGUAGCCUGCGGGAAGAUAUCAGUCAGUUUGACUUCAAUAAUUCUGUUGUCCUCGCAAUGUCGCAGACAGAGCAACUGAAAGCAAAAGCCACAAAUAUGGAUGGUGACAGUAGUAAGCUGAUGUCGCUACACUUGGACCAGAGCGACUACAACGGCCACGAGGUCAUGGCCAACCUCACAGCGGUCAUUCAUCACAUGGUGGACACAGAGAUUAUGGUCUUACACAAAGGGGACUCAACACCUUCAGUCUCGGAUGUUCCUCAAUUGAUAACACUUAUACAGCAGAAGAUUGAGAGUGCAGAAACACCCCGGAAUGUGAAGCUCUUCUUAUUGCGUUUGAUGAUGAACACUUCGAAGGUGUUUGCUCCUUACGCUGCUCAUUUCGUCAACCCCAUCCUUACCUGCCUCGUUGAUGGGACUCUCGGAAAUAAGAUUAAUUAUUUCCUCUGUGAUGUGAUGGUUAUGUUGAUGGGGUGGGGCCAGAAAGCUGUACCACAACACAGUGUAUUAGGAAGGAACAUGGUAGCUCGUGCGAUGAGCUUCCUCUGCUCCAACACCCCACACAACAGAGCAGAUGUGUUCAAGUAUAACCUUGAUGUUGUCAGAUCAGUCAUGGAGUGCUGGAAGGAGGUAUUAACUGUCCCAUACCCAAUAAUUUAUUCCUUAUUGGGAGUGAAAGAUGGAGCCAAUCGGGAAGUGGAGGCAGGGCUACAACUGCUUGGAAUUGUGCUGGCAAUUGGAGUUGCUCCCUACAAUGUGGAUUCCCAGGUUGAAAAGGCAAGGUGUGAGAACUUGUUGGUUAAGUUGUUGGGUUCUCGGUUCGCCAGCGCAUAUGGAACUGCCUCGGAAGUGUUGGGUCUUGUUUUCAAGUUCAUGGACACCCAAGAAAAUGGAAGUGAUGAUGUUACACUGGAAGACAAUGUUGUACAGAAAGUACUGGAAAUAAAUCAUCAAAUGCCAGGCCAAGCCAUUACUUGUAUUUAUAACAUACACAAACACUAUCCACCCAUUGUCAGGAGGUUCAUUAACAGGCUCCUGAAUCUCUUGCCGAAGCUCUAUGGGAUUCAUCGCACCCGUAUACUUGAAUGUUUAGUGUCACACUCCUUAGAGAUGGAAGAUGUUUUUUCUCACCUGAAAGAAAAGAAUCUUCUUGAAACUCUAGCAAGAAAAGAGUCAUCCACCCAACUUGUGUCACUUCAGCUCGUCAAUACAGUCAUGCCUCGCCUCACUCCCCCGCAGGUGCUAUACUUCAUGCCAGGCAUUGUGGCCUUUGCCUCUCAUCCUUCUCCAAAAUGCCGGGAAACAAUGUAUGAUGUUCUCUUCUGGAUGUAUGAUAACUAUAGUGACCACCAGAGUGAAGAAGGCAGGCAGAUAGAGUCAGAGGCACGAAGCAUCUUGCUGCAGGCCGUCAAGGAGGAGGACGCUGCUCUAAAACAGUCGGUUCUCAAUUUCUGGCUGCAAGGUUCCAAGAAUCUCACACUUCCCCAGUGCAUCCUGCACAUCCUGCGUAACAUGUACAGUCCAGAUAGUGAGGACUCCUUCCUCCAGAUAGCCAUAUACAUCUUACUGGAGGCGACAAGACAUUCUGCGGACUACCAACGUGACAUCUUUAACCAGCCAUUGACUUUAUGCAAAUUUAGGGAGAUGAAAGUAAGCACUGAGUGGCGUGCUCGUCAUGCCUCUAUGAUCCCGCUGUUUGCCGAGACACAGGGCAGCACUGAUUCAUCACUUAACUCACUCCUUAGUCUGACCCAAGGCAGUGACUUCAUUGAUGCUGACAUAACUGGUCUUGGUGGUGUACAAGCCACACAAGCUAAUGUCUUUUCAGCCACUCAGCAAAAAGGUGGAGCAUUCAACUGGGUGACAGGGUCUACCUUUGACACCACAAUAGCAGACAUGGAGUAUGAGGCCACCCAUGCCCCAACCCAGGGCCCAACUUCUGGUCUUUUGUUUAAUGCUAGAUCUUCUCGUAAACCGAUCAUGUUACGUUAUAAAAGACAAGGCGUUGGAAAUACUCCUAUGCAGCCUCCAGAUGAGACGGAUGGUGCAGAUUCUGAGAGUAGCUUUCAAUCCAAGCUUCUGAGGCGACGCUUUGUUAGGAAUCAGGAUCGUGAAAAGCAGACCAUAUAUUUUGCCAAGAUGGAAGAACGACGAAGGAAAUUGAGAGAUAAACUGGAACAUGAGAGGAGGUCACGUAGGGAAGCGCAGGUCACAAUGUACAGGAGUUAUCGUAUUGGUGAACUUCCUGACAUCCAGAUCCCCCACCGAGCGCUGAUUGCUCCUCUCCAAGCAUUAGCCCAGAGAGAUGGGAAGGUUGCCCGUCUUCUGCUUGAAGUUUUAACCCAGGGAGUGAUAGACAACAUGGAGACCCUAAUGAGCCGUGGAGAGGAAGAUCUGUGGCAUCAGCAGCUCAAUGACUUACUUAACGGCGUCCUCGCAAACAGUUAUAUGUGUAAUCCAGAAAUGAUGCGAACUGUUCUUCACCUUAUGAUCAACAAUGAUAUUUCAGUCAACCCGGAGAUACUGGCUGCAGCUUGUCUAGGAAGUCGAUUGGAGGCUUUAGGUAUAUUGGUUUUGGAAAGGAAAGUGUUAGUGUCUAAACGGGGAGAAGCAAGAGUACAGCCUCCAGCAAUUAAGAAGAUUAGAGCCGAUCCAAGUACACAGUCACCAGAUGCCACCUUAUGGCUUAGUAUGGCAGAAUUAUAUAAGAGCCUAGACAUGUGGGAUGUGGUGCGAGGCAUUGUUCAGAGCAAGUUGGGGAGUAUCAAGAAAGAAACAAGAGCAGCACUGCAGGCUGAGGCCACAAAUAACCACGUUGAGGCCUUUGUUCACUAUCGCACUGCACUUGCAACCACAGACUGGGAAGAAGAGCCAGAGCCAGCAGAGGUUCGAGUUUGGGAAGAAUGGUAUACGUCAUGUGCUGCAAUGCUUGGCCAGUGGAAGGAGGUUGAAACUUUUCUGGAAGAUCGCUUUUUGAAAGAAGAUGGACAAGUGAAGCUGGACCGUGUAUGGCUCCUCCCACGUCCAGCUGCUGCUAUCCUCCCUGCCUUACUGCAUUCCAAACUUAUGAGCAUUUUAGAUGGGGCAGAAUCUGAUAAUAACAUUUGUGACUUUAUUAACAAUGCAAUGGGAGAGCCUCGCUACAGAGCACUGUUAGAGGGUGAAUUACCUCUUCAGUUAGCCGUGUUGUCGACAAACCAAGAGAAAUUUGCCCAAGCCCAGUCGUAUUUCACCACAGCCACAUCCACCACCCUCCUCACUCUGGCUCAGUACACCUUAUUAACACCUAAACCUCUCGUAACCACUUUACGCAAUGUCCAGUUAUUAACAGAACUCGGUGAUUUUUUUGAUACGAUCAAGUAUGCCGAGAAUGAUAACUACCCCACUAAAGUGAAACAGACUGUCAUCAAUUGGAAAAAGCAGGAAGCAAAUCUUGCAGACACAUCUCUUCUCAUUCAGUGCUUAUCCUCAUACCGAGAACUGUACCUCCACUUUCUUGAGAAACGAUUAAAAGAGGACAGUCAACAGGAUGUUCCACAAGUUAUCACAGCCACCAAAAUAUCCAUCAACAUGUCUAUUAUAAAGGCAGCUCUUAAAAAUAAUAAUUAUCACUUAGCUGCCAGAUAUCUGAAGAAGCUGAAAGCACUAUCCAAUGACAAUUGUUCCCGUGCUCAAUUCCACUUCUUGAUGGCAGAAACAAACAUCCUUCGAGGACGUGGUAAACCCAGUUGCCGGUUACAGUACCUAGUGGAAACUUGGGGAAACAACUUGGGUAAAGUUAGUGUCAUGCCAGAACUGGAACAGAAUACUGGAAUAGAGGUAAGGUAUUUAAAGCUUGAAAGUACAUUAUGUUUUGAAAUUUGUGACUCUAUCCAGGAUAUGGGUAAUGAAUGGCAGCAUGAAAAUAAAUACAUGCAAAUUUUGGCCAGUAAAUUUCUAAAUGCUAAUGGAAAGGAGUCAUGGUAUAAUGAACUUCUUAAAUGUAGCUACAUCGGUCUUAAAAAGGCUGUAAAAUGUGCCGAAGAUAGUUUACUUAAAUUUGUUGAUGGAGUUGAAGAAACCCAAGAUCCUGGUAAAGAUAUUCACAUGGCACUGGUGAAGUAUUGUGAAGACUGCUUAGAAAACUGGAGAAAUAAUAUAGAUGCUCCUGAAUACAACAAGACCUUAAUCAUCGCUGUUCUGAGGGCCAUGUCUUUGGGGUCACGUGAUGCACAUUUCCAUUUUCCACGUCUUAUCAAUCUGAUGGAAGAGGACCCGAGUCUUGUAUCGCUCUUUAUAAAAGGUUGUGAAACAGUACCUGUGUGGAUGUUCUUACUCUGGAUAAGUCACAUUCUGAUAUAUGUUGACAAGUCUCCUGGACCUGCUCUGCAACCUGUUAUAGAGAAAUUAGCUGCAGAAUAUCCUCAGGCUGUUCAUUAUCCAUUUGGUAUCAGCAUGAAGAGUUAUGAUUUUACCAGUGAUAUUGGUAAGUCUGCCAAAGUUAUGUGUCAGAAAGUGCAAACCUUGCUGAAUAAAAACAGUCUCCUUCAACAGUUUGUCACUGCUGUGUCACUCAUGGUUGUGCCAGCCAUCGCUUGUAAGGAUGCAAUUUGUGAUCUCAUUAUGAAGAAGGAUAAGAAAGAUAUUGAACAUGGUUUAGAAAAAGUAAUAUCUGAGUUGUUGAAGGUGAGCAGUAGGUUAACAAAAGGCAGUCCAAAUGAGAAGGGUGAAGCUUACAUUAAGCAGGAUAGAAUCAGGAUGGAGGUAAGUGCUGCUCUUGACAAAAUGUUUGGAGAAAACCGGAAGAAAGUUAAGACCAUGUCUGUCCAGGGUAUUCAGAAGGCCCUUUUUAAUAUUAAACAAAAAAUGGAGCUUAAUUCAGAUGAUUUUAAAAAGAUGCCAAAGCAGCUGAAGGCUUACUCACCAUGGUUAGCAAACUUUCAAGCUUCCAAACACUCGGAUAUGAUUGAAUUACCCGGUCAAUAUUCUGGAAUGUCCAAGCCUUUACCCGAGUAUCAUGUCAAGAUCUCCAGUUUUGAUGAAAACCUAAUGCUGAUGACUUCACUUCGUGUUCCUAUGAGAGUCGUUAUCCGAGGGGAUGACGAGAAAGAUCAUAAGUUCCUGGUGAAGUGGGGUGAAGAUUUGCGAACCGACCAAAGAAUGGAACAGAUGUUUAUUUUAAUGAACAGCUUGUAUUCUACUUCUGUGUGUGCUCACACGACAUCACGUCCCUUCUUGGAUACAUACCAGGUAGUGCCACUCUCUCUAGAAGUUGGACUCUUGCAGUGGGUUGAAUCAUCUCAACCCUUAAAGGAAUUUAUGUCUGUUUCAUAUAAAGAUAAUGAGAAGAAUUGCUAUAAGGAAGCACGUGGCAUAUAUGAGAAAGCAAGCCAUUGGGUUGUUACAAAGAAGGGCAAAAAAAAGGAUGUUGUAAAGACUUAUGAGAAUGUGGUUAAUAAGAUUCCCUGGGACCUGUUACGACGUGGACUGAUUAAACUUUCCAGUAACAGUGAGGGCUUCUUUGCUCUACGUAGUGCAUUUGCCGUCAGCUAUGCUACGUUAUGCAUAUCACAUUGGCUUUUGGGGAUUGGUGAUCGUCAUUGUGGGAAUUCAUUAGUCAGUUUAAAGACAGGCCAUGUAGUUGGUAUUGACUUUGGCCAUCAUUUUGAAACUGCUGUACAGUUUCUUCCUUAUCCAGAGUUGAUGCCAUUUCGACUUACUCCCCAGAUUGCCAAUGUCUUUCAGCCUGUGGGUCACAUAGGAAUGUUGCGGGAGGUGAUGGUUGCAGCACUAGGAGCUCUUCGGGAGUCUCGUCACGUGCUAACAUCUGUCUUGGAAGCCUUCGUUAAAGAGCCAACAGAAGACUGGUUAGAUUUUGUAAGGCGUCAGGAAGGUGAUGUUGAAGACAGCAAGGUAGAAAUAUUUUCCAAGGACCGUAUCAGGUGUCUUAAAGAUAAAUUAAGUGGCAUCAACCCUGCUUAUGUGACCUUGUGGGCAGUUUCUCAGGGCAAACAUUUUAAAAGGGAUCCUUCUAUGAUGCCAUUCCUCCAGGAAGUGGUUCUUGGCAACAGAGGAGAACACAUACGAGCAGAUAUUGGCAAGGAUGGCCUGAGUACACACCAACAAGUAGAUGUUCUUUUGGAACAGGCUUCUGACCCAAAUAUCCUUGGACGUACUUGGAUUGGCUGGGAUCCUUUCAUGUAGGCAUGUUUGUUUUGACCUUUGUUUAAGAUGCACAUUAUAAGGCUUUUUUUUUUUUAAUUAGGUACAGGUAUUAUUCAUAAAAAAAUAUUUGAACAAUAUAUUCAGCUUCUUGUUUUUAGUUAGCUCUCAAGAACAGGGGAAUCAACUAAGUUAUCAUCAUCAAUAAUCAUUCUGUAAUUCUUUUUUUCUGAUAAAUUUAUAUCAGACAACGAUGAAAAAGAUAAUUAUAUGGAUUUGGUUUUAUUAUGAAUUAUGAAACAUGAUUAAUUUUAACAAGUUUUAAAACAUGAAUCUAAAGUAUUUGUUAACCCCAAAACAGAAUUGUACUUUUAAAGAAUUUGUUUAAACUUAUAAAAAAAUAUUAUUGUAUACAUAAUUUUGAUUGCAAAUUUUUUCUAUCCCCUUAGUUAUUCUAUUAGAAGUAAAAUUCUGUUCAAGGAACUGUUUUAGGAUUUUUUAUUUAACCAUAUUUUUUGAAGUAGUAUGAAGGUUUUAUAGAUUUGUAUUAGGAGUAGGAACUUAUGAGGUACCUAGUGCACAUUGACUUGUGUUAUCACUUCAAAAAUACCUCUAAUAAAUAUGCUGUCAUUUAAAUACAGAACUUACAGUCUGAAAGUCAAUUAGUGAAGCAUCAUAUUAAUAAAAAUUCACUGUGUGUUUAUUAGUUUAAAAUAAAGAAACCAUAAAAGAA